ACUUAUAGCACAGAUAAGCAAGUCCCUGAUUCCGCCUCUACAGCCACAGCAUUUCUCUGCGGCAUCAAAACAAAGUUCCAAAUGAUCGGUGUUUCUGCAAGAACCAAACACCAAGACUGUGAAUCAGUGUUUGGUAAUGAAGUUUCUUCAAUUCUCCAAUGGGCUCAAGUUGCAGGGAAAGACACGGGUAUCAUAACGACGGCCAGGGUCACUCAUGCCACUCCAGCAGCAUCCUAUGCUCACACUCCUUAUCGAAACUGGGAAUCUGACGAGAACAAACCCGAGAACGCCUCCAGAUGCAAGGACAUUGCUCGACAGUUGGUAGAAGAUGAUCCAGGACGUAACAUAAAAGUAAGUUUAUUUGAAUACAGUCACAUGCAAUAUGAAAUUGAACGAAACAAAGAAGAUAACGGGGAACCAUCUAUUGCAGAAAUGACUGAAAAAGCUAUAAACAUUUUGCAGAAAAACCCGAAAGGUUUCUUUUUAUUGGUUGAAGGUGGCAGAAUUGACCACGCCCAUCAUGAGAGCACUGCAAAGAAAGCUUUGGAAGACACGCUAGCAUUCGAAGAAGCAGUGGAGAGGGCUGUACUCUUGACCAAUCAGAAGGACACUUUAAUUGUUGUUACUGCUGAUCACUCUCACGUUUUAACAAUUAACGGUUACCCGGAUCGAGGAAAUCCGAUCCUAGGCAUAGCAGAUAUUUCGGAUGUGGAUCACAUGCCGUACACCACCUUGAUGUAUACUAAUGGCCGAGGAUUCAGAAGAACAGUAGAUGGCAAUAGGUUCAACUUAACUGGUGUCGAUACAACUGCUGACAAUUAUGUUCAACUCGCAGGAGUUCCUAAAAGAGAUGAGACUCACGGAGGAGAAGAUGUAGCCAUCUAUGCUAAUGGUCCGAUGUCUCACUUGUUUCAUGGUGUUCAUGAGCAGAACUACAUUGCUCACGUUAUGGCUUAUGCAGCGUGUGUUGGUUCAAACAAAAAUCAUUGCAGGACGAGGGAUUAUGCUACAGCAUCGACCCUAAAGAGUUCUGUUCCUAACAAUGGAUUAAUUCAUAUUGAAUUCAUCGUUUUAAUUAUUUCAGGAGUCUUUAUCAGUACGACACAUUACAGAAGCUACUAAAAAAUAAUACACUCGGUGAAUCUUUUUCCAGAACAAAAAUAAGAAUAAUGUAUGUCAUUUGAGAUUAUACGAAAUAAUAAGACUUAAAAUAUUUACAAAAUUUGAGAAGUUUAUAAAUUCAAUUAUUGUUGUUAAAAGGAACUCGCAGUUAGAACUGGAUUGUAAUUUCACGGUUUAGAUUCUAGUUGAUUGAAAAAAGGCCUACUAUAUAAAUAAUAUAUAUUUUGAAGACAAAACCGAA